UUGAGCUCGAACUAAACAUCUCUCUAGCUGUUAGUCCUGACACCAACACUCGCGAUACAACCUGAACCAUAGACAGGGCGCCUACUGUGUGCCCUGAACAUGCCCCCUCAUGUGGACGUAGUCAUCGUUUUUUGUGCUAUCCAAAAAGGAGCCAGCUUUUCUAAAGAGCAAGUGCGCCAGAAUGCUGUCAAGGCAGAAAAGCAGUAUUCUAAGCUCAUUAAUACGCUCACACGCGCCGGCCUCAAGGCUGUUGGGAGGCGUGGAGAGAGCCAGGGUCAAUUACUAGUCUUGGUGACUUGCCCGCAGAAUGUGCUUGCGAACCUUAUUCAUUGUGAACGACAUUCGGACUUUUUGUACGGACUUCCAAUGUCAAAGUUGCCGUCCACGAACGACUUUGAAUCAGCCCCAUUAUCUCCUGCCGACCGUAUCCGUUUAAUCCACGGAUUCAUUUCUUCCACUCCCGAAGAUGGAGGCUUGGGUAUCAUUCCAGGGCGAAAAGAGUGGAAUCUUGUGGAGUCUGUGAUGGCACUUCACGAUCAUGACUUCAAUGAUCACUGGAUCCACCUAUGGACGCGGCACCGAAUAGAGAGCGUGGAACUCGAAAAGAUUCGAGACCAGUUCGGAGAUUCCGUUGCGCUCUACUUUUUUUUCCUCACAGCAUACACGCGGGCUCUAAUAUUUCCCGCGGCAUUGGGCGCUAUCUAUUAUCUCUGGGGAAAACCUUACUCUGCUUCUUACUCCACUUUACUCCUGUUGUGGUCAAUUGCGUUCGUCGAAUGGUGGAGACUCCAGGAACGUAUCCUGUCAAUCAGAUGGUGUAUCCGUGGUUCGUGGCGUGUGGAAAAGCGGAGGGCUGAUUAUCUCCCGAGCUUCCCCUGGUGGAAGCAGGAGAUGCGCAUGAUGGCUGGCCUACCAGUCAUACUACUCUUUGCAACUAUCCUGGCGGUUAUAUUGACAGGCACAUUCGUCCUUGAAGCCUUUGUGACCCAGCUUUACAAGGGUCCUGGCCACACAUAUGUGUCUUUCGCCCCAACGAUACUUUUCUCGCUCCUUCUCGCCACAAACUUCACGGAUUGGGAAAAUCACAAACAUCAAUCGAAUCAUAGUUGGUCUCUUUCAUUGAAGGUUUUCGCGCUCUCUGCGAUGAAUGCAUAUCUUGGCCUUGCACUGUCCGCAUUCGUCUAUGUCCCUUUCGGGGAAAGUGUCAUGAACUUUGUCCAGUCCUACUUGUCCACAGGUGGUCAUCGUGCGUUGGUCUUACUGGAGAAAUUUAAUGUCAAUUUCAACGCCACGUCCUAUCUCGGUGCUAGAGGAAGCAGUGGAAACAAAAUCAGUGCGGCCGGACUCAGUUUAUGGGAGUCGGAUAGGAGAAACGCGCGACGCAUGUUGAAUUCAUCGAGGCUUCAGGAACAGAUGUUCGCCUUUUCGGUCACAAAUCAAGUGGUGGAUACCUUCACAGCUAUUGGCUUGCCAUACAUCCUCCGUGCCGUGGAAUCGUUCCGCAAUGGGAAAGGUUUUCGGAAUGGUAGCGGAAAGGGACACGGGAAAAAAAAGCGGGUGGCAUUUGAUGACGAACCUGUAGGGCAUGAUGCACACGGUAGAGAGGAGCGCGAAUUCCUCGAGCGCGUUCGGAGCGAAGUGGUGCUGCCAGAGUAUGAUGUGUUCACGGACUACAGCGAGAUGGUGACACAGUUUGGCUACGUCGCUCUUUGGUCAACGAUAUGGCCACUUGCACCGGCGAUGGCACUUUUCAACAACUACAUUGAGGCGCGCUCUGAUGCGUUCAAAAUCACGGUGCACACCCGACGACCGACACCUGUUCGAACAGAUACGAUAGGGCCAUGGCUUGAGUCUCUAUCCCUUCUAACAUGGUUGUCGGCUCUCACGAACUCUGCACUGGUAUACCUCUUCCGUCCCCCUGAUCAACAGGAGCAUGAGGCGGGCACCAUGGUGAAUACGAAUGCGGCUGAUCAGUCACAGGAUCUGAAUCAUCAACGACCCAAUGGUCUCGCUGGAACCCGGGAACUUCUCGUGUCCGCUCUGUUGAUCGCGAUGUUAGCGUCCCAUGGUUAUCUCGUAAUGCGUGCCGCCGUCCGACAUGUCUUGAAACGUGCCAUAUGGACAGGAAGCAAGGAGAUGAAGGAGGCAGAACGCGUGGAGAGGGAGAUGAAGGAAAAAUAUCUGAGUAGCCUCGGGCAGUGCACGCCUAGCGAAAAUAUGAUCUCGGAAGUGACGGGCGAGAAGGAUGAGUGGGCCACCUUCUGGACAAUAGACGAGGGUAUGGAUGAUAUAGGGAAAAUGCUGAAAGAUGUUUGAGUUGUCGGACCGUGGGUCGAUGAAUUAUGUUUGGCAUUGGACCUGGAUAUCUCGUUGGUAUCUUUAUUUCGGCGGGGUUUCAUUGUCACUAACGUUUUUGUUUCCUUCGCGAUCCCAGAGAUGAUAUCCUGUAGAUAUAUGGGAGUUCUCAGUCUUGUGCAUUUGGCAGGCGAUUCGGACUAAAUUGGACUAAACGGUUUCAAGUGGCAGGCCAGCGAAGACGACGAUCAUGUCGUGAUUCGUUUCUUGUACUCGGGCCUUGUUCCGUCAACACAUUGCAAUCAUGUCAAUGAUGUGUUUCUUGUACUCGAGCCUCCUUGCAUCAAAGACGUGAACGACGAGAGCAAACGGAGAUACUCACCUUGCUUACAUCUUCAUUCUCUUCAAUUAUCUAGGACAUGUCUUAAUAUCACGGUCGUUAUUAUGAGCCGGAGCGCGCUGUGUUGUGCUAAUGA